AUGCGCCAAGUAGCUAGUGCCGCGCAACAGGGAUUAUUCGGGUGGCGUCUCCGCCGCCUUGGUGGUAUCGUCACAGCUGCGUCUUUGACUACUGCUGCUGCUUGCUCGCUCUGCACGGUGACACCGAUGCAGCUGCAGCGACGGACGCUGGUGGUGGAGUUCUCCCUCGACGCCCUGCCCCCUUCACUGCAGCGUGAGUUCUGUCAUAAGGAGAAUGCGCGAAACUUGAAAUAUCUUGCGCGUGGUUCCACCAAUGCCUCUGCGUGUUCUGCGGCCGUUGUGAAGGUGCUGCCGACGUGGGUGCACGUGGUGUCGUGGCGCUGCACCGCGUGCGGCUGCCAGUGGGCGGCCCGACCGGUGGAUCGCACGGACCCACAAGUGUCGUCGUUUUACGCUUGCCCUCGCUGCGUCUCUGGUACGCCACCUGAGACUUCUGCCACUGCGGCUGCCUCCACUUCGUCUUCCUCGUCCUUGCCGUUGCCGUCGCCUCCACCCACUCAUACGCGACGGCUUGCGGAGGUGUAUCCGCUUCUCGCGGCGCAGUGGGAUGAGUGCCGCAACACUGUCAUUCACAACCGCGUGCUGUUUGAGUCUGUGGCGGAUGUGCCGCUGCCUUGUUCCACUGUUGUGUGGUGGUCGUGUCCGCACUGCCGUCGGCCGUGGCGGGAAUCUGUCGACUCCCGUGUGCACCGCCAUGUGUUACGACAGCCACAGCACAUGCAGGGGAGCUCUGCGGCGGUUCCACUCUGCCCGUCGUGCGAGCGCCGCGGUGUGAAUGGCUCUCACCACGCUGACGCAAUGAAACAGAAACAUCAACAUCCCCAAUGCAGCAGCAACAGCAGUUGUGAUGUGACAGAUAAACGGUUCCUUAAGGAUGAUUCCUUACUUCUCGCCGAGGCGCAACUGCAGCCGCACGAGGACCCCGCCGCUCUUUCACUUCAUAGCGACAAGUUACUCCAGUGGAGGUGCCGCUGGUGCACGCAUGAGUUUACUGCCUCUAUUGCCGAUCGUCACCACCGUUACCAGCGCUGUCCUCAGUGCAGCGGCGCUGUGGCGACCCCGUUAAACCUUUUGACUAUACAGCGGCCGGAUAUUGUCCGUGAGGUGGCGCGGACGGUUCCCCAUUCGAAACUUCGAAAGAUGACGAUCCACGACGACAAAGUUGUGACGUUUGUUUGUCGGACAUGCAUGUCGCCAUACCGUAUGUCUGUGCGGCUGCGUUGUCUUCUGCAGCCGGGAGCCACUGCAUGCCCUAAGUGCCUCUUGAGCCGUUCCGAGCUGGCGAAGGAAAUGAAAGCUGCCGCCGAGGCAGGUGGUCGACGAGGUGCGGCGGUGCGUCUGCCGUUGAAGAGACUCCGCUUGAAGCGACGCAAUCGGGACACGCUCGAUGUCGCGCUGAAUGAGCUCCGGCGUCAUGACUCGGACCUCAUGAACUAA